CGGGCUGCAUCCGCCACGUUCAUUAAGGGGAAGAAGGAAUGACUACUUCCUAGCAACUUUGCCAACAACUUCCACUUCCCUCCUCACCACACUCAUCCAGCCAGCCAAGCAGCCAGCCAGCCAGCCAGCCAGCCGGCCAGCCCACUCUUGCAGAGCACGGCUACCGAGAAAACAAGACAAGAUGGUCGAGCGCGCCAACAAGCCCAAGCCGCCAACGCUGUCCUCCACCCCCGGCCUGCCGCCGCAGGCGACAGUGACCUUCUCGGACGACAAUUCACGUGUGAUUGCCGAGCUGCCUACGGGCGAGAGCGUCACAGUCCUGCUCUACGGCGCCACCGUCAUCAGCUGGAAGGAUGCGCAGGGCGACGAGAAGCUGUGGUUGAGUGAGGCGGCCAAGCUGGACGGGAGCCGCGCGGUGAGGGGAGGGAUUCCCGUUGUGUUUCCGGUCUUCGGCACUGCCCCGACCCACCCCCAAACCAAGGACCUGCCGCAACACGGCUUCGCGCGCACCUCGCGUUGGGAGUUCCUGGGCAAGUCGACGUCGGAGUCACAGACCGGCAGCGCGGCCAACGGGCCGGCCGUCAAGCUCGACUUCGGCCUCAGCUCAGCGGCGCCGGGACUGGACCCGAUCGCCGCCGCACGCUGGCCGUUCAAGUUCAACCUUAUCUACAGCGUCACGCUGACCCAGACCAGCCUGACCACCAGCAUCGUCGUAACCAACGACGACUCGGCGCCGUUCGACUGCCAGGUGCUGAUGCAUACUUACCUGCGGGUCAAGGACAUCACCGCCGUGCAAGUCCAAGGCCUCGCCGACGCGUCGUACAUCGACAAGGUCGACGGCGGCGCCCGCAAGACGCAGUCGGCUGCAGAGGUGACCAUCACGGGCGAGACGGACCGCGUGUACACGCCGGCGGGCGAUCCGGGCGCGGGCCCCGUGACGGUGGUCGAGGCGGGCCGGCCGGUCUACGCGGUCACGCGCGACAACCUGAGCAACGUGGUCGUGUGGAACCCGUGGGCCGACAAGGCGCAGGGCAUCGCCGACUUCGCGCCCAAGGACGGCUUCCGCAACAUGAUCUGCAUCGAGCCCGGCGCGGUGGGCGCGUGGCAGUCGCUGGAGGCGGGCGACGCGUUUGAGGGCGCCCAGACGAUCACGCUUUUGGGCUGACGGUGGCGGAACCACGGGGAGAGCGGGGUUGUUGGAAGGAGAAGGAGGGGGUCAAGGGCGAGUGUGUUGUGAAAGCAGGAGGGCUGUGAUCCCCGCUUGGGGCGGCGAGGGGGACUUGGCAAUGCCAUGUCGAUAGGAUAUCGGUCGGAAGGAUUGGGAUUGGGGUCUGAAACGAGUCCAGGAUCAAGAUAUGAAUGUGUCAUGAGAUAGACGAACCUUUCCUAGAGCUAACGACGGGAGGUCUGACCUUGCUCCAGCCAUGGAGCGAUAUGCGAGUUUC